AAACUACUUUACUUUUUCUUUUUGGCUGAGAAAAGCAAGCUAGUUGUUCAUCCAAAAUAAUGGCGACCCAAGUUUUGUCCCUGCUACUCUCACUCAUCUCCUCCUUUUCUCUUCUUCUUCAUCAUCAUUAUCUUCCUCCUCGUGCUCACAAAGCUCAGCUAGAUCUCAAGGCCUGCAAGUUCAAUGCAAUAUACCAACUGGGUGAUUCUAUAUCCGACACAGGCAAUAUUAUGUAUGAAGACCCAGGUUGUCCUUCCUCUAAGCUUCCCUACGGUGAGACUUUCUUCAACAAACCCACAGGCCGCUACUCCAACGGAUUGUUGAUGAUAGAUUACAUUGCACUAUCAGCUGGACUUCCCUUUCUUAAUCCCUACUUGAGCAAAGAUUCAUUGUUUACUCAAGGAGUGAACUUUGCAGUUGCUGGUUCUACUGCUUUGUCUCCUAAUGUUCUUGCUGAGAAGAACAUAGUUUCUCCAUUUACCAACAGCUCUCUCAGUGUACAACUCCAUUGGAUGAGCACCUAUUUCAAUUCAAUCUGUCUCAGUGCUAGAGACUGUGCUGAGAAGCUUAACAGGUCUUUGUUCAUGGUGGGAGAGAUAGGAGGAAAUGAUUACAACUUUGCUCUUCAGCAAAAAACCAUUAAGGAAGCCAUGGCAAUUGUUCCCCAAGUAGUUCAAGCCAUAAAAGAUGCUAUCCAAACAGUCAUUGGCUACGGCGCUUUGAAAGUAGUUGUCCCAGGGAAUUUUCCAAUAGGGUGUUUUCCAAUUUACCUUGCCAGUUUCCAUACCAAUGAUUCAUCUGCCUACGAUGAAUAUCACUGCGUAAAGGAGUUGAAUGAAUUUUCAAUUUAUCACAAUGACCAUCUCAAAAUUGCCAUUGAAGAGUUGAAGCAAGAGCAUCCUAAUGUUACCAUCAUUUAUGGGGAUUACUACAAUGCAUUUCAAUGGGUAUACCGUCAUGCUUCGAACUUGGGUUUUGAUGCUUCAUCUGUGCAAAAUCCUUGCUAUGGGUUUGGAGGUGAAUAUAACUUGAGCAUGGAAAAACAUUGUGGAGAUAGUGAAGUACCAGUGUGUUCUAACCCUGAUCAAAGAAUUAGCUGGGAUGGAAUUCAUCUCACUCAGAAUGCUUAUCACUAUAUGUCCUACUGGCUUAUCCGAGACUUCUUAAACCAGCUUGGUUGUAGUGGCGUUUGAGUUUUUGUUCAACAAUCCUUGUUUAAUGGUAGCUUAAAGUGUUUCAUAUUCUCUGUCACUUUUUAGCAAUAGAUGCUACCUUAUUCACAUCCAUAUCGAAUUUAAUAUUAUGUUGUAUAUUAUUUUCUUA